UUUUUUUUUAAUGGAAGAAGAAGGUUUGUCGAUUAAGUAUAAUGGUAUACCUACCUACCUAAGAAAAAUGUAACAAAUGUUAUGAAGAAAUAGAAAAAAAUGGCCCAAGCUAGCAUCGAAAGGGAGAAAGAGGCCUUGCUGGAUGUAUAUCCAAAGACUCGUCUUAAUUGUGAAUCUCAAGUGAAUCAUGACAAAAACUCUUGUGUAGACACUAAUGGUGAUUUGGAAUAUAGUGACUAUAAAAGCUUGCCGAACAAUAAUGUGUGUUCAACAACUGAAUUGUCCCAGUGCCAUAGCAAAGAGAUGGCAUCUGAUACCCCCUUAUCUGAGCAGCACUCAGAAGCGAGUUCAUCCAAUACGCCAUCUCAGGAAAGUGACACCAGAUCAGUCUACUCUCCAGAUACUGCAAAUCCCCAGUUAAAUGUGGGGGUUUCUUCUUAUAUAGGUUCAGAAGUCCCAUUCAUGUCAGAUGACCAAGAAAGUGAACUAUGUUUUCCUCCAAAUUGUUCAGACGGUCCCCCUUCUUUGGGUGAUAAACAAGUUAGUAAUGGAGUGUUUGCUGUUAAAUCGAAACGUAACAAAGUUACCAGAUCGUCAGGUGAAAGGAAAAAAGUAAAGAUGGGGAGCACAUCGGCGAGGGGCCGACCCCGAAAAACGUUUGUCACCAUGUAUCAUAGUCAGAUAAGCGGCGACAAAGACACCAUCAAAAUCCGUAUCAAGAAAAGCAACGCAAUCACCCACGUUAAAUUACCCAGCAAGAAGAAAAGUGGACGGCGGAAAAAACAUAAGACAACAUCCGACACGGAUGCCUCUGAUCACGAAACAAGUCGCAAAAGAAGUCGAUUAUCUCAAGAGAUCGAAGCGGACUUGGUAACGAGUACCCAAGAACCUCUAGAGCAAAGUACAUGGGGCAAAGACAUGCCCGAAGAAUUGCUGACAAGAAUAUUCAAAGAUGUUUGCCAUUCCGACGGUUGUUUGCCGGCCCUUGUUAGGUUGUGUCAAGUGUGUAGACUCUGGCAGAGGGUUGCCCUAAUUCCUACCUUGUGGCAGACCAUUGAUUUAAACUGGGUGAAGAACAAAUUCCGAACUGACCACAAAUUACACUGGUUGAUACAAAACCGUUUGUCUCAUUGUGAAGACUUGAAUUUGGGUGAAUGGAGAGUUCGGGAUGUACAGAAUGUCAUUUUAAGCCUUAGUAGAAAUUGCCCCCAGCUUGUUAGUUUAAAUUUGAGUGGUUGGAAAGGUCUAAUGGCUGACCAUUUUAAAUUACUUUCAUCAGAAUUUCCCAAAUUGCAACGUCUUGAUUUAUCAUCAAUAAGUGGAUCUUCGUUAAAUUCCCAGCCGUUGGUCCACCUCGCUCAGACCAUGGGCAAUCGUUUGACCCAUCUUGUACUCGCUCAUAACAAACUUAUAGGUUUCACACUAAUAAUGACCGCUUUAUCGGAAUGUUGUUCUAACCUUCAACUGCUCGACAUAUCGAACAUUCGGACAUUUUCACAUAAUACAGCCCUGUUGCGAGUCGAACGGCUCCAGAACGGUUGCCCCAAGCUUCGCGUGUUGCGCAUAACCAAUAGCGAAAUAUGGCUGGCUCCUGCAAGCAUACCAGAACAGAUGUCAUCGCCGGGAUUCCCCAACCUGGAGGAGUUAUCUUUAGCUGGUUUGGAAGCUCAGCAAGCCACAGCCAGGACUAUAGACAAUGAUGGCAUCGAAAGGAUCUUGAAGAACAGUACCAAAUUGCGAUUGCUUGAUGUGCGGGGUUGCAUUCGACUCACUGACUCUGGUCUUGUAAAAGUGCCGGCUUGGGAUCUGGAACAUCUCUUUUUAAGCGCUUGUUACGUUACAAGGACGACCAAUUCUGGUUUAGAAUUAAUUCUUCAAAAGUGGAGCCACAGUUUGUUAGAAGUGGAUCUGGCCUGGUCGACUGCAACGGAAUCACUCGACGCUGCUGUUCUUGCCCUGGCCGAAAAGGGCGACGAUUCGCCCUUAAGGGUCUUAAACUUGUGCGGUUCGUCUGUAAGCCUUGACCCGGUGAAAGCGGUGCUGACAAAGUGCCCCCAACUUCAUUCCAUUAACUUGCAGUCGUGCAGAGCAUUGCCUCGCGGCAUCAAGCGUCUCUACACUGGCAGGGCGGCAGUUGCCGAGUUACGCCGUAGUUUGCAAGACAAACCAAAGACCGAAACGGAUGACGAAGAAAGCAGCGGAGCCGGAAGAGGAAGAGGUGCCACCAACAACGACGAUGAAUCUGCAACAGGAGGAGUAAUAACAGGGGCGACAGGCGAUCAGCUAGUGACCGAACAACAUAUGCCGAUUACAUCCACCCAUAUGCCUUCAUCGCUUUAUCCAACAUCAGCCGAAUGACAACCAAACCGCAAACACGAGGGUGAAGGGAGCAGCAGUGGCAUAUGUAGAGUGAAGGACAGAAGUGUGUGAGUGGUGAAGGGAAAAUAAAGUGGGCAAAAAUAGGGAAGAAAAUUGUAGUGAAAGUACCUGUUCAUGUUGUUCUACUAAUUACAUACAAUGCUUAGGUUGGUAGCCGUAGUUGAAUUGACGCCAACCAAAUGAAGAGUCGGGCACCAUCACCACCACCAUCUUACCGUUGCUUCCCACCCAUCCUCUUCUGGCUGGUUAACUGAAAAACGCCUUCACGACUUGCUCUAGUCGCUGGCGAUGUAGUGUUGUUGUAAAUACAUACUUCUUGUUUGUGACUGAUUGGGAACGAAUCAGAAAUAAGAGACAGGAAAACGGGAAACUGUAUAAAGGCGAGUUUAUUAUUGUUUUUCCCACAUAUUUUUAUCUCUUUCUCUUACUAGUUUCUUCUAUUUAAUGAAAUCUCUUCUUAAUUUUGAAUGCAAAAAGUCACGUUUUUAUCUGGUCCUUUUCUUUACAAAUAAGUAAAUUCUGCUUUUGUUUUUUAACAAGUUAUUUUCAUAUAGAUAUAUUCAAAAUUCAACAUAUUCCA